UUAACUCUGUGGUAUAGCAAAGCCGAAACACGAAAGACAUAGCAAACCCUUGAUAAAUACAUGUAAAAACUGUUGAUCAACAGUCAGAACUCUUUUGUGAUAUCGAUUGUGGAAUAUUUCUAUUUCAUUGUUUCUAGAACAUCUUAAACUCCUCAAAAGCUUGGUGCAACAUGGAAUCUAAAGAAUCGUCUAGAUUUAUUUUUUUGCUGUCAAUGUUAUUUUCUCGAGGUUUCAGCAUAAACAUUUGUACGGACAUUGUCGUGAGAUCAUCCAGUGGUUAUAUUACGACACCAAAUUUUCCAAACACGUACCCUGCAAAUAUUUCUUGUACUCUAACCAUUCAAAGACCAUUCGGAGAGAGAAUCAACUUCAAGUUCAUAUAUAUGAGUCUUGAGACAAGAGGGAAUGGUAGCUGCAGCGACAGCUUAAAAAUAUCCGGGAAAACAACAAAAACAUUUUGUGGAAACGACAAGAUGACAUUCGUUCCUGGGGGAAGUGUAGUCAGUGUGUCAUUCUUGUCUGACUCAAAAGUUGGAUACAAUGGGUUCAACAUUACUUUUACUUCAUUCAGUGAAAGCUGCAGUUUUGAUGGUGGCUUGCAAACAAGUGUUUGUCCUUGGAGCAACGUGAAUUUAGAGGAUGAUUUUAAUUGGUCGAUUAAUUCUGGAAGUGUACCUACUUCGGACACAGGUCCAAGCCAUGAUAUUACAGGAUCAACGUCUGGAAAAUAUCUUUAUACAGAAGCAUCUCCUCAACUGAUUGGUGAUAAAGCUUGGUUGGUCGGGAAUAAUCUUACGAGUUCAUUCACGUGCUUUUCUUUCGUUUAUCACAUGUAUGGAGCUGAAAUGGGUACAUUAAAUAUUUACUUAGAGUACAAAGUUAAAAAGUCAUUGUUGUGGUCAUUGAGUGGCAACCAAGGUAACCAAUGGUGGUAUGGUCAAGUUACAGCAAAUUUUACUUCUUUCCCAUCUAGAUUGAUAAUAGAAGGUGUUCGUGGAUCAUCAUUUACAAGUGACAUUGCGAUAGACAAUCUUGCUUUAACUCCAGGAUAUUGUGAAACCGUUCAUACUCACGUUAGGUUUAAUGAAAUAGACUUUAAAGGCUGCGAUUUUGAGAAAGGUUUUGGUACAGUUGAUUGUCCUUGGAACAACGCGCGAAGAUCGGAAAAUUUUGACUGGGCAAUCAUCAGUGGAAAUGUAAAAAGGGCUAUCUAUCUACCAUAUUUGGACUCCAAGGGAUCAAGUAAAGGUAAAUACAUGUACCUAAAGAGCAGCAAUGGAGAAAAAGCACGGUUGGUCAGUCAGUACUUCAAAGGCUCUACAAAAUGUCUCCUAUUUUACUAUUACAUUUCUUCUGCCUAUAAUUCUGGGACAUCUUUUUACGUUUACCAAGAAACAGUUAAUGGAGCAAAGAGACAACUUUUUGUGAUAAGUGGCAUCAAUGGCCAAUACCAGUGGCGCCAGACUCGCAUUUUGAUCUCUAAUUCCAGUAUUAUCCAAAAGAUAAUUAUUGAAGGCAUCACUGGUAGUUCAUAUGCAGACACUAUUGCAGUGGAUGACUUGCGAUUUAUUGAUUGUGAAGCAAGUUCGACUACACCUCAGUAUUAUUCCCUGGACACAACAACAAGAAUUUUGCAGCAGACAACCCAAAAGCCCUUGUCAACUACUCGGAAACCCUCGUCUACUAUUCGAAACCCCUUCAUUACCAUUCGACUUUCAUCGCUUGCAACUCGUAGCCCUUCGCCUACUACUCAGAACCUUUUGCAUACUACCAUGACCUCCUCGCCUAUUUCUAAGAACUCUAGGCAAACUACUCAGAUGCCGUGGAGCACAACAUUGAAGACAUUGCAAUUAUCAGCCCAAGGCUGUAAUUUUCUUAGUACAUUUUGGACCCGCAACUGUCCAUGGGGAAACGUAUUGUCAGAUGAAAAUAGCUAUGACGACUAUCAUUGGAGAGUGAACUUAACUUCGACUAGAGGAGGAUAUGCAUAUGUAAAAUGGCCAUCGGAAACAACAAAGAAAAAGGCCUGGUUUGUGAGUGAAUAUUUUAGUAAUUCUAGUGAGUGCUUCAAGUUCUCCUAUCGCAUACAUGGCACACAUAGACAAAAAGUUUUACAAGUCUACCAGCAAGCUUUAGGAAGAGUGAAAAUAUUGCGUUGGUCACAAAGCAAAAGUAAAACAUCUGUUUGGCAUGACGCUGAAGUUACGAUGCCAAAGCUGGAGCACAAUUUACUUUAUAGGCUAAUCAUCGAAGGUGUUUUUGAGGCAUAUAGCAAUGGCGAAAUAAAUGUAUACAAAUUUUCGUUUACUUCUGGAGCUUGCAAUGACAGUAGUAAAUCCUCUUCGAAUGAAAAUGCUGGUGUCAUUAUUGCAUCUGUUGCAAUCGCUCUUCUGAUAGUCAUGAACGGAAUUUUCAUCAUUUGGUAUAUACGCCAUAAAAACAAGCAGAAAACAUCUUCCACAACUUCCUCUGACAGUUAUCAGAAUCCAGCCUAUUCAGACGGUGAACAAAAGAAGACGACUGUCUUACCACCACCACCAAAUUUUAAAAGUGAAAGUAAAUCACCACCAGUUGAUAGCAAUGCGCCAUUUGCUAUGGCAAAGCGUGGUGUUUUAUAUUUUGUACCUGAUGAUAAUCAAUCAAAUGUUAUACCAUCCAAUCCACCUCACAACAACACAAAUGCAGACCAAAUGUCUUUUAUUUCCACGUCCGCUUCUGAAAAUCCUUACUACAUUCCCAGUUUAUCGCUAGACCAGGACGUUCAAUCACAAUAUCAUUAUUAAAAUAAGCUUUGGGUGCUGAAAGCUUAAUAAGCCUCAAAAUUGAAUAUUCUAAAUGGCACUUAUAUCACUUGAUAAUCAAGCACUAGUUCAUUUACCUCCUCAAGAAAUACAUUGCUCGCAAUGGACCUUGUGUAUAUUUAAUGAAGUUAUAAUUUUUUUAAAUAAAUUUGUAUGCACUUA